AAGGGAUGGAAUUUGGAGUAGGAUUCUUCUCUUUAGUACUGGUGUGGCUGUGUGUGGACAUGUGUUUCUGCGGUGGGCAGGAGUGCCCAGCACUGCCCGCAGAUGUAAACUUCAACAUGGUGUAUAACUUGAGCAGUUUUGAUGCUGAAGGGCCAAUACAGAAUAUAGUAGUGCAUGAAGCUCAACCAGAAACCAUCUUCCUUGGGGUGCGGAAUCGUAUCUAUGCACUCAAUAAAGCCCUUGGGAAGUUGUCUGAACUGCGCACGGGACCGGUGGGCAGCCCAGACUGUAUGGGGUGCAACAACUGUGUCCUUGGCUGGACACCAACAGCUAGUGUGGAAGAUAAUGACAACAAAGUUCUGGUCAUUGAUAAAUUUGCACAGUAUUUAUUUAUCUGUGGGAGCGCUCAACAUGGCCUCUGUUACCUGCACCUUAUAUACCCAGAGCAUAACAUAAGUGACAUCAAUUGCCUAUUCACAGAUAAGAACAAUAGCCCUGAGCUCUGUCCUGACUGUGUGGCUAGCCCACUGGGCACCCAAGUGUACAUUUAUACAGAGGGAUAUACCUCGUAUUUCUACAUUGGUGCCACCGUCAACAGCACCAUUGCAAGUACUUACAGCCCAAAGUCCAUAUCGAUUAAGCGAUUGAAAGGCUCAGAGGAUGGCUUUAGCUUCCCUUCAGUUGAAUACUCUUCUAUCACUGUGCGGAAGCAGUUCUUGGACUCUUACCCUAUCGAUUACAUUUAUUCCUUCAAAUCUGGGAUUCAUGUCUACUUCCUAACCGUCCAAAAGGAGGACGUGAAUAGCAGAGGCUACCACACCAGAAUCGUUCGGUUGAAGGCUGGGGAGUUUGAGGUCAAGCUGUACCAGGAGCUUGUCCUGGAAUGUCGAUAUGUGAAGAGGAAGAGGAGGAGAAGGAACUCUGUGAAUGGGAAUACCGUCUACAAUGUUUUGCAAGCUGCCUAUUUGGCCAAACCUGGGGCACAUCUUGCCAAGGAGCUUGGGGUUGAGGAAUCAGACGAUGUUCUGUUUGGAGUUUUUGCCGAAACGGAAGCCGACUCUGUAACUGCGCACAGGAGGUCCGCGCUCUGCACUUUUCCCAUCAAGACCAUCAAUGAGAUCAUCAGAGAUGGAAUGGCGGACUGCUGUGGUUCCUCGCAGGGGCACAGUCUGAGGGGGCUGGAAUUUUACCAGGAUUUAGAAUAUUGCUUCUCUAACUCUGGACCCACCUUAAACACCAGCUGUUAUUCCAAGCCCAUCAAGAUCUCCCAAGUCUUCAGCCGAGUGGAUCGGUUUGAUGGCAGGCUGGACCACACUCUGCUGACCUCCAUCAUUGUGACUGUGAUCGGAAACUCCACCGUGGCUAACCUCGGAACAUCGGAUGGAAGCAUUCUGCAGGUCAUUCUUCAGGAGCCCUUUGUACUUCACGCCAACUUCAGCCUGAGCACAGCACACCCCGUCUCCCGGCAAGCCAGUCGUUUGGGAGAUUCCUUGCUGUUUGUCACUGGAAGCAAGGUGACUCAGGUGCCAGUGAUAGGGCCGGGCUGUCUGCACUUCCUGACCUGCAGUCGAUGCCUGUCUGCCUCUCCCUUUCUGUGCGGCUGGUGCAAUGGAGUUUGUACCCAGAAACAUGAGUGUCAAAUACACUGGUCACCAGACACCUGUCCGCCUGCUAUUACUGAGGUUUUUCCCAAACGUGCUCCUGUUAACGGAAGCACGGAGCUGCAGCUGUGUGGGUGGGACCUCCAGGCUCCCAACGGACCCCCGAUCACAGAGAGCAGCCACAUGGUGUGGGUGGGACCCCAGCCUUGCAGCGUGAUCCCCGCAAAGAGCAGCCCCACAACAUUAUUUUGCAAGCUUGGACGGAUGGGGAAGCCUGACUUGUUAGCUUCAUCGAUAAUCAAUGUCACCAUCCGAGACAGUGAGAAGCUCGAUCCGUACUCUAUCCACGGAUCCUCUGCCAUCGCAGGCUUUCGAUUUGUGGCUCCGUCUGUUACCAGCCUGGCUCCGGCAUAUGGGCCCACUGCAGGGGGAACUAUGAUAACGUUAAGAGGAGAAGACUUCGCGGCAGGGAACCAGCGGAGGGUGAUCAUUGCGGGUAAAAGCUGUGAGAUCUUCAGAUUUAGUGAUACUUAUAUCGUGUGCAAGACACCUGAGGUGGUCUCCUUGAUGGAGAUAACGCCUGAUGUGAUAAUAGACUCCACCACUGUUGAGUAUCGCUGCAGCCAUGGCUUUCGUUACCGGCCGAACCCUACCAUCCAGAACAUCUUCCCCAACUGCAGCAUCACCAGUGGCCUCAACAUCACAAUAACUGGGACCAAUCUGAACUCUGUGUACCAACCAAAGCUUGUCUUUACUGACAAUCUGAAUAACAGGUUUGAACAGGUGUGUAAGAAGCCCGUCUCUGGCCAGACAAUGGUUUGCCAGAGCCCCGCAGUCCCUACAAGGCGGGUGAAAGGGCAGCUUGCUGUGGUAAUGGACGGCGUGGAACAGGUGUUCACUGUGGUAUACCACCCAGACUACAAGGUUUUCCCCUUCGAGCAAGCGGAUAACACGCUCAAACUGGUCAGGUCUGAGGGUGAGAUCGAAGUCCACCAUGAGAUGUUGUACCCACUGAGGAAAUGUCUGAACGUGACUCUGACUGUGGGAGAUGUGGACUGCAACGCCAAGAUACUGGACAACGAAGUCACCUGCAGGAUCCCCCCUGGCUUGAACAUCCCCAGCGAUGGCCUCAUAGUCAAGCUGUGGGUCAAUGAUCUGGAGCAUCACAUUGGGCUGGUUGUCUUAGACGUCCACAGCCCCGUCCUGGGGAUUGUAAUGGGCUCCAUCGUCAUUGUGCUCAUUGGGUCUCUCCUGGUUGUGGUGGUUGUGACCUGCAAGAGAAAGAGUAAAGAGCACGCUGCCCUGGUCAGACGCUUGGAAGCUAUGGCCCAGCCGUCACCUUUGCCGCUACAUCCCUUGGUGACUCCCACCUCCUUCGAUUACCGGACGGCUGAAUUUGUUUUCACCCCCACGAUGGACUCAGACGGAACGAUGUUCAACGGCCCUAGUUGCAGCGGGAGUGUGGAUGCUUCAAACCUCCCGCUGCUAAGUCCCAUGACUAUAUUACCCCAGACACUACAGCCAGAGCUGCUGGAGGAAGUUAAAGAUAUUCUAAUUCCUCAGGAAGACCUGAUCGUACACUGGAAACGGGUCAUUGGCAGAGGGCACUUUGGCUGUGUUUACCACGGGACCCAUCUGGACCAGAACAGGAGGGAGGUCCAUUGUGCUGUAAAGUCCUUGAACCGGAUUUCGGAAGUGGAAGAGGUGGAGCAGUUUUUGAAGGAAGGCAUCAUUAUGAAGGAUUUCAACCACGUCAACGUCCUUUCCCUGAUGGGAAUUUUCCUUCCCAAGGCAGGGCUGCCUUUGGUAGUUUUGCCAUAUAUGAAGCAUGGAGACCUCCGUCACUUUAUUCGGAGGGACAACAGAAAUCCAACAGUGAAAGAUUUAAUAGGCUUUGGCCUACAGGUUGCCCGGGGGAUGGAAUACCUGGCCCUCAGGAAGUUUGUUCAUCGGGAUCUCGCAGCAAGAAACUGCAUGCUGGAUGAGUCCUAUGUAGUCAAGGUGGCCGAUUUCGGAAUGGCAAGAGAUGUGUUUGACAAGGAGUAUUACAGCAUCCAGGACCACAAGAAAGCCAAGCUCCCUGUCAAAUGGAUGGCAAUUGAAAGCCUUCAAACCCAAAAGUUUACAACAAAAUCCGAUGUGUGGUCCUUUGGGGUGCUGCUUUGGGAGCUGUUGACUCGAGGGGCUCCUCCAUAUCCAGAGGUGGAUCCUUACGAUAUCACAAGAUACUUGAUGAAGGGGAGACGUUUACCACAACCAGAGUACUGCCCUGACCACCUAUACACCAUCAUGCUGCAGUGCUGGGAUCCCAAACUGGAGCUACGACCCUCCUUCACUGAGCUGAUCUACAGGAUUGAAGAGAUUCAGUCUACGUUACAAGGGGAACAUUACAUCAGCCUCAAAGUGAACUAUGUGAAUUUGGACUUUGCCCAGCCUUAUCCCGUGAUGGAGACGUCGUCUGACGAUGAACUGGAGGAGAAUUCUGAUUGAGCUGGUCUCCCCGUCCACCUCCCAACAGCAGCUCCUCCGAGUACAGAGUUGAACUUCACGUGGCUGUCGGCUUUCAAAUGGGGAGCAGAUUAAGUAAAUGAACGUGCGGCACAAAGUUUCCGCUGGCUGAGCGCUGUGAGAUAAGGAUUGGAAGUCAUUCUCUGAACAAAGUUGUUCAUUUUUCUCUCAGAGGAAAAACCCAAAGGAUUGCACAGGCCUGGAACAGGCCAUCACAGUUUAGAAUUAAAGCUGUGGGACAGUGCUGUGCGCAAAUUGGCUGCUGCGUUCAUCUACAUAUUAGCGCAAAGUCACUACAUGAACAGUAAUCCUGUGAAGUGCUUUGCGAUGUGAAAGGAGCGAUACCAAACGUAAGGAAUAUUAUCAUGAAAUAGAAGCGAUUCGGUCUGUGUU